GCCUGGGUUCCGAGCCUGGCUCGCCACGCUGUGAGGGGCGAGCCCCAGUCUGCAGGCAGCGGGCCCAGGAAGGGCUCGGCCCGGCUGGGCGGGCGGUGAGUGGGGGCGCCGGGGAGAGGCCGAGGCAGGACAUCGCUGUCUGGAGGAAGUGGUCGCAGGGCCGUGGGGGUCGGAGCCGAAACGCGGCUGGUACCGGAGAGACUCCACCCGCCCCCUCCAGUCAGCUCUGGAGCAGCGCGGGGGGGUCUGUGCCGCUGAGCCCAGCAGGGUCCCCCCAGCUGAGCCCGCCUUGGGGCAGCAGUCGGAGCGGGGUUUCCAGAUCAGCUGUGCGGGUUUACGUCCUGUCCCGGAGGUGAGAAGAAAGGAGGGAAUCCGCAUCCGGCCGGGACUUGGAGCCCAGAGCUGCACAGGCCACUGGCGGGGAGCCCCAAAGCCCUGAGCAGGGAGAGACACCAGCCUGAGUCCGUACGGGGCUGGUUAGCACCAGGGAGACGCCCCGCCCCAUCCCAUCCCAUCCCUUCCCUGGGUGGAGACAUGGAAGAAAAAUCUCGUAAAUAUUCUGACUGCAGGAAAAGCUUUAAGCAGAGCUCGACCCUAAGGAGGCACCAGCGAACCCACAUGGAGGAGCGAACCUACAAAUGCCUCCAGCGUGGGAAGAGUUUUGUUGACUGUUCCAACCUCGUUCGCCAUCAUAGGAGCCACACAGGGGAACGACCCUAUGGGUGUGAGUGUGGGAAGAGCUUUGCUGAGAGCUCCAAGUUCCUAGAGCACCAGCGAACCCACACUGGGGAGCGACCCUACACAUGCCUGCAGUGUGGGAAGAGUUUUGCUGACAGCUCCAACCUCCUUCGCCAUCAGAGGAGCCACACGGGGGAACGACCCUACACAUGUGCCCUGUGUGGGAAGAGCUUUGGGCAAAACUCGAGCCUGAUGAAGCACUGCAGGGCCCACACAGGCGAGAAACCCUACAGGUGUGAUGAGUGCGGGAAGAGCUUUGCUCAGACCUCCAACCUCCUAGAACAUCAGAGGAUCCACACAGGCAUGAAACCCUACAAAUGCCCUGUCUGUGGAAAAGUGUUCUGCCACAGCUCCUCGCUGACCAACCAUCAGAGGGUCCACACAGGUGAGAGACCCUAUAAAUGUCCCUAGUGUGAAAAGAGCUUCAAACACCGCUCUGUGCUUAUUCAACACAGGAGGAUCCACACAGGGGAGCGACCCUACAAAUGCCCUGACUGCAGGAAGGCCUUCGCUGAUCGCUCAGCCCUGACCCGGCAUGAGCGCAUCCACAGAGGCGAGUGACCCUACAAGUGUGUUCAUUGUGGGAAGGGCUUCAGUCAAAGCUCCACCCAUGCCCAUCAUCUGAGAACCCACACCGGGGAGCGGCCCUACAGAUGUGAUGAAUGUGGGAAGAGCUUCAGUGUAAGUUCCAGCCUUGUCCACCAGAGGAUCCACACAGGAGAGAGACCCUAUAACUGUCCCGAUUGUGGGAAGAGUUUUAGUGGCUGGCCAAAUUUUAGCAGGCAGCUGAGGGACCCACGCCCAGGAGUAAACCUGACAGGCCACCCAAUUCUGGGAGAUGCUACUGUGAGCACUUUGGGCUCUUUAGAGAGAGAACCCAUGCAUUGGAGAGACCCUAUAAAUGCCCCAACUGUAGCCAGAGUUUCUGUCUCAGCUUGGACUUUCGUACGUACCAGAGAAUCCUCAUGGGGGGUAACCUUAUAAAUGCCCCAACUCAUGGAAGAGCUUUAGUUCCAGGAUGUACCUUAUUAUUCAUCAGAAGAUCCACAGCAGAGGCAGGCCUGAGCAAUAAAUGUGGAGGUAAUCAUCAUUCAGAGCUCAGAACAGGACUUCUGCUGUGGCAGAGGAGUGCGGCCUCAGAGUAGGACUUCCGAGUAGGGCAGAUAGUGGGUUUCUUUUCUACCUCUUAUUAUUGGAAGAGGCAUUUUGUUGAUCUUGUGGAAUCUGGGUUGUUAGAAAGUCAACCUGAACAUGAAGUUGUUUUUUCUUGCAGAAUGUAAUUAUUUUCUUCACACUAUCCUAAAGGGUAGGGGGAAGGGAUAUCAAGUGUGUCUGUGAGGCCAAUCUUGUCCCUUUUGUGGGUCAGUUCCUGUGCAAUAUUGAUCUGUACCAUACAGCGUGAGCAGUGCCACACUGCUACCCCCUUCUGCCAGGUCACAGUCAGGAACGCCGGCAGCCUUUUUGGCGCCCUAUGCGGCGGAAGGUCCUGCCCCCAAAAGGGCACUCCCGCGAGAGGCGACGGAAGAUCCCGCCCCUGAAAUACUGCCAACGACCACAGUGGCCGAACAUCCGGCCGCCAUGGUCGCUGGCCCCCAAAUGUUAGUCUCUGUCGCCUAAUGGGCUGCACCGGCCCUGGUCACAGUCCAGAUCCAAUGCAGAAAUGCCCACACUAAGGGACAGGCUGAGAGGGGAAUGGGGUUUCUUACAUUCCUGCUUCCUUAGCCAGCUCCAGGGCAGAAACUGAGAGAUGGGCCCUUUCCUGGGUAUCCCAUUCAGCUUCUCCUCCCUCCCAGUCUGUUGUGGAACUCUCAGGUCCCCAACAUUCCACUCUAGUGCUAUGGAACCAUCAGGCCCCCAACAUUCCAUCUGGCAGCACUGUCCUGGGGAUGAGGGAUCCCCUGAGUGACCCUGUCCAUAUGUGCUUGAUCAUCCGUAAGGAUGAAGUCUUGGAUGGCUCUGGUGUCCUCUUCCACAAGGGUUAUCUGUACUCCAGUGUGCCCCUCAUUCUCUGCCCUGGCUGAGGGUGUAUCCCCUGCUCACAGCUGAUCUCACUGAUAAGGGCUAUGUGAUAUAAAGAGUUAAUCCCAAUUUCCACCACCCCACUUCCCAAAGUGCAGUGGGUGAUACCAUGUGGGGCGGGAGAUGUAAAAGUGCAGGAACCUUCCUGUUCCCACCCCCUCAGUCAGGUGAUUAUCUGGUUUGCUAAUCAGAUAACUUGCUUGGAGUUGCUCCCAGUCCUGCAGUGUGUGCACACAGGGGCCAGUUGCCAUCUGCAGCCCGUGGGCCCAGGAGGAAAAGAGGUGGCUCAAGGGGAGAGAGAAACAGCAGCAGAGGCAGGAAAUCACUGCCUGGAGGAAGCAGCCACUGAUAUAAUAUGAGAAACUGGUACUUGUAGGAAUUUGCUACCUGCAGCAGUUACUCAUAUGUAAGGGAUUGUAAAAAAACUGCUAUCUGCUAUAGCAAAUUCCUACAGAUACCCUAAAGUGUGACUCACUGAGUUUUUGAGUUCAGAGUCAGUUUUGGACUUGACUACCUUGAAUAACUCUUUGUAUCAUCUCCAAACUUUGCCCCAUCACUGUUUAGUCUUUUUUCCAGAUCAUUUAUGAGUAUGUUGACCAGCACUGGUCCAAGGACAGAUCUUUGGGGGACAAGGGGUGUUUAACCUCUCUCCACUGGGAAAACUGAUCAUUUAUUUUUACUCUUUGUUUCCUAUCUUUUAAUCCAUGAGGGCACCUUCCCUCUUAUCCUCUGACUGCUUAGGUUGCUUAACAACCUUUGAUGUGGGAACUUGUCAAAGGCUUUCUGAAAGUCCAAGUUCACUAUGUCAGCUGGGUCACCCUUGUCAGAUGCCUGGGGACUCCCUCAAAGAAGUCUAAUGGAUUGGUGAGGCAUGAUUUCCCUUUACAAAAACCAUGUUGGCUCUUCCCCAUCAAUUCAUGCAUAUCUGAUCAUUCUGUUCUUUACUAUAGUUUUGACCAAUGUGCCUGAUACUGAAGUUAGGCUUACUGGCCUGUAAUUGCCAGGAUCACUCUAGAGCCUAUCCUCCAGUCUUUUGCUACAGAGGCUGAUUUAACGGAUAGGUAUUAUGGACUGGGGCGUAGAGGGCCUGGUGCAGUAGAGCGGGAGUAAGUCUAGUGGGUGGAGCAGGUAUCCAGGUUGGGGAACGAAGCCAAGGGUCAGCACCAGUCAACUUACCAGUUGUGAGAAUCAGGGGUCAAGCCAGAAUCAGAACUAGGAAUUGAAGCUGAAGGUCAGAGCCAAGGUCAGAUGCCAAAUUACAGAGCCAGGAUCAGAAGUCAGAGGAUGGGGUCAAAGCCAGGGCAGGUCACUAAGGAUUGGAGGUGAGGCAUAAGGACAGGAGGAGAGACCAGGAUCAAGCACAGAGCAGGAGCAUGGUGAGAACAAGAGCAAAGCUGGGGGUAAGGCAGAAACCAGGAGCAGGGAUGGGUGCAGGAGGCAGGAACCAGAAGCAGGGAUGGGUGCAGGAGGCAGGAACCAGAAGCAGGGUCCAAUGCAACCACAACAGGAAACCACCUUGUUGCUCAGACAAACAUCCUGUUCUGCCUCCUGGCUUAAAUAACAUAGUAGGACCAAUCAGCAGAGCUGGGCAGUACUCCAGUCAGAGCGAUCGUGGGUGUUUCACAUAACUCCUGUAGCUUUUCAGCCCACUUGAGUUCAAUAGCUAUUGGGUGGAAGCCAGGAUGUGGCAGCUGUCUGGGGAUGUGUAGGCCUGAGUUCAAGUCCUGGGGCAUCAUAAUAGGUUAUGUACCA